CAUAGUUCGAUAUUCGCGAAAGAUCUUCAAUAUUGUUCGUUACGAAAUUCUAGCGAAUCUGACGAAAUAGUUUAUAAAAAUAUAAGAUAACCUCGUCUACCUUGAUGUCAUAUUGAGUGGAAGUAGCGCAGCAAGAUAUAAUACUUUUAAACGUUUUCAAGCCCCAAAAAGGGAGGAAUAUUGAAUUUUCGGUACGGUUCUGUGUAGAUCAUUUUAAGAGAGUUGGGAUAUUUGUAGUUCAAGAUGUUUGCUGCCAGGGUUGCCCGACUACCGGUGGUUCUUUGUACAUCUGCUUCACAAUCCCUGAAGAGCGUGCAGCAUAAGUCUGUUGGUCUAGCUAGAGUGAACCUGGGAGUGAGAGCACAGCAUUAUGCCAACCAGACUAGGCUAGGGGCUAAGAGGGCUGCGAAGGCCAGGUCUAUAAAGGAGGUAGCCCAAGCACCUGCUUCAGGCACUGCUGAUAUGAUGGGCAAGGGUUUGUUGUUGGGUGCUUCAGCUGCAGGCAUCGGUGCUCUGUGUUACUAUGGUCUUGGUCUCUCCAGUGAGGUCGGAGCAAUUGAAAGAGCAGCAAUCUGGCCACAGUAUGUACGUGACAGGGUGAGAUCAACAUACAUGUACUUUGGAAUGGGGAUAGCAGCUACAACAGCCUCAGCCCUUGCUAUGGCUAGAAACCCAGCUCUCCUGAUGAGAAUUACUCCAAAGUCAUGGGUGGGAGCUCUUGGAGGUAUGGCAGUGAUCAUGGCAUCAGGGAUGGUGACGAUGUCUGUACCCUACACAGAAGGAAUGGGUAUGAAACAACUAGCAUGGUUGGGACACAGCGGUCUCCUAGGGGUUGUUCUAGCUCCCAUAUGCUUCAUGGGUGGACCUCUUCUCAUCAGGGCCGCAUGCUAUACCGCUGGAGUUGUUGGAGGUUUGUCUUGUGUUGCUAUGUGUGCACCCAGUGAUAAAUUCCUCUACAUGGGAGGUGCAUUAGCCAUGGGUCUAGGGGCAGUCUUUGCAGCAUCUGUUGGGAGCAUGUUCCUGUCUCCAGCCACAGCCCUAGGUUCAGGUCUCUAUGCUGUCAGUCUGUAUGGUGGUUUGGUUGUCUUUGGAGGAUUCAUGCUCUAUGAUACACAGAUGAUUAUGAAGAGAGCUGAACUCCAUCCUGUUCACGCCCAGCGACCUUUUGACCCCAUCAACAGUGCCAUGAGCAUCUACAUGGACACCAUCAACAUCUUCAUCCGGAUCGCAUCCAUUCUUGCUGGAGGAGGUGGAGGCAAAAGAAAGUAGAUCCCUUUCUUAUCUUGGAUUUUCAUAUUAAAGAACUUGAAAAGACUAUGAAAGACAAUGUUUCAGUGAACCAAUGGCAUCUCUAAAGGUCCUUCUUGCAAAGAGUUUUGACAGAUUGGAAUUUGAACUCAAACUGAUAUUGAUGACAUAUGGUAAUAGAUAAGAGGUAGGGAUUGAGAGACAAAUUUAUUCCAAUACAUUUAUUAUUUGGUAAAAUGCCUUUUCCUUGUGUUACAAAGCACCUGAUGUGCUACAUGCCUCCACUAGAUACACAUGUUGGCCACAGAACAGUGAUAUCCUUUCAGAGAGAUCCAUUCAGCCAUAUGAUCAAUAUCAAUUUGAGUUUGAUCGGAAUCUAUGACAGUUCCUUGUCAGGCGGGAACCUUGUGUACAACAAGAAAGCAAUAUCUGGAAAUGACACACCAGCACGCAUAGAGAAUGAAUCACAGAAGCAUCAUAGUGAUGCCUGCAUUAACACCUGCGGUUAAAGA